UUUUUUUCCCAAAAUUGGGGAAGUUUUGGAAUAACCCCCCGGGAUUUCCCCAAAAAUAAAAAUAAAUCAUACCACGAUAUUUCCCGCAAAAUUCUCGUACAAAUUGAGGGGUCACUCGAUUUUGUCCAAAAAAUUGGCCAUUUCCCCUCAUUUCCGCCCCUAAAAUUGGAUGAAUCGAAAUUUUAGUGUUACAUAUCAAUUUGUACUAGAAUUUUGCAAGAAAUAUCAUAGUAUUAUUUAUUUUUAAUUUUUAUGGUUUUUUCAUGCUGAAAAUUCGGGAAAUCCACAAAUUAAUAGGUUUUAUUGUUUUUUUUUUAAUUAUUACUUGUACUUUCAGUGAUAAUAAUGGUAAGAUAUCAAAUCAAAAUAAUUUUAAUUAUUUUAAACAUUUUUUCUUUAUUUUUUGUAAUUACUUACAAUUAACUUUCCGACCUUAAGUCAUAAUUAAAAUUUUUGGAAAUAAUUCAAAAGUAAACUUAAUUGAUCGAACCAUAAUUGCCUAUUUAAUACGAAAAAUUAACUCUAAAAAUAGACUUUUACCAAUAUUCCAUGAUGUACCAAAUAAGACUGUAAGUUACAUAACAAUGAUAUUUGUAUUACACUAUCUAAAUUAACAUUUGUUAUCUUUGUCAUUAGGACAUACCUUGCCUUUAAGCAAGACAACUUUUUUUUACAAGUUGCGUGCGUUUUGUUUUAUUUUAAAAAGUUUUUUAUUUAAUUAAGGUAUUUAAUUUUAAAUAAAAUAAUGUUUACCAAUUCAGAAUACACCGAUAUGAUUUUACUUGUAGGAGAAACAGGCAACGGAUACCGUGCAAGUAUUAGAUGGGCAGAGCUGUAUCCCAACCGUCGGCAACCACAUUAUCAAACUUUCGAUGAUGUUGUUCGUCGAUCUCGAGAAACAGGUAUUUUACAACCAUUUGGUCAUCGAUCGGGAGGUAAUCGGUCAACUUUAGAUGUUCGCACAGAAGAAACUAUUUUAGAACAAGUUCAAAAUGAUCCAGAAACAAGUACGCGAAAAAUUGGUGCGGAGAUUAAUAUCAAUCACAUGAGUGUCUGGAAAGUCUUAAAUAGUAAUAAAUUGUAUCCAUUUCAUCGGCAAAAAGUACAGGAGUUGUUACCUAGGGAUUUUCCAUUAAGAUUGAAUUUUUCACGUGAAAUGUUAAGCCGUAUGACAGUUGAUACAAGUUUUUUAAACAAAAUUUUAUUCACGGAUGAAGCUUCUUUUACCAAAGAUGGCACUAUAAAUUUGCAUAACUUGCACCACUGGUCUGAAGCAAAUCCACACGUUACACGAAUUACAGGAUCACAAUACAAAUUUUCGGUUAAUAUUUGGUGUGGUAUUGUUGAUAAUUAUUUGGUUGGACCUUUUGUUUUACCCGAUAGGUUAAAUGGCCAAGCUUACCUGAACUUUUUAAGGAAUAAUUUGCCAAAUUUAUUGGAAGAUGUGCCUAAUGAAAUCCAAGAGACAAUGUGGUUUAUGAUGGAUGGUGCCCCCCCUCAUCAUACUAAUGCUGUUAGAGAACAAUUAUUUUUUAUGUUUCCUGAGGGUAUCAUAGGCAGGCAAGCAGGUAAUCGAGCCCAUUACAGACCCAAUAUCGUAUGGCCACCACGAAGCCCUGAUUUAACACCUUGCGAUUUUUUUUUAUGGGGUUAUUUGAAAGAAAAAGUUUAUUGUAAUGAGGUUAGUUCAAAGGAAGAAUUGAUAGCCAGAAUUUUUGAAGCUUGUAGGAGUAUCAAUGGAAUCUCAGACAUUUAUGAAAAAAUAAGAUAUUCAAUGAAAAAACGGCUCCAAUUAUGUGUCCAAAAACAAGGAGGGCACAUUGAACAAUAUUUAAAAACCUCAAAUAGCGAAUUAUUAUUGUAAAUAGUUAAAAGAAAUAAAGAAAAAAUGUUUAAAAUAAUUAAAAUUAUUUUGAUUUGAUAUCUUACCAUUAUUAUCACUGAAAGUACAAGUAAUAAUUAAAAAAAAAACAAUAAAACCUAUUAAUUUGUGGAUUUCCCGAAUUUUCAGCAUGAAAAAACCAUAAAAAUUAAAAAUAAAUAAUACUAUGAUAUUUCUUGCAAAAUUCUAGUACAAAUUGAUAUGUAACACUAAAAUUUCGAUUCAUCCAAUUUUAGGGGCGGAAAUGAGGGGAAAUGGCCAAUUUUUUGGACAAAAUCGAGUGACCCCUCAAUUUGUACGAGAAUUUUGCGGGAAAUAUCGUGGUAUGAUUUAUUUUUAUUUUUGGGGAAAUCCCGGGGGGUUAUUCCAAAACUUCCCCAAUUUUGGGAAAAAAAAAAAAAAAAAAACGAG